AUGGACUGCUUAUGCAGAAUCUCCUUAAGAUUUUCAAUUACAGAGGCACUCAAGUUUCUUGUGGUGAUUCUUGGAGUGCUUAAUCUAAAAAAGGUUGAAUGCAGAAAAGCAAAAAUUUUGAACAGUUUUGAGUACUCAGCAAUUAACUGCAGAGCCCACAGUGCAUCAAUAGAAGAAUUUGGUGGGAUUGGUGAUGGAAAUACACUAAAUACAAAGGCUUUUCAACAAGCAGUAAAUCAUUUGAGCCAAUAUGCAUCAGAUGGUGGGGCUCAACUCUUUGUUCCUGCGGGUAAAUGGUUGACAGGAAGCUUCAAUCUCACCAGUCAUUUCACUCUUUUUCUUCAUAGGGAUGCAGUUCUUUUGGCUUCUCAGGAUAUAAACACCUGGCCUGUGGUUGAUCCCUUACCGUCGUAUGGCCAUGGAAGGGACGCCGCUGGUGGAAGAUACAUCAGUCUUAUAUUCGGAAACAACCUUACAGACGUUGUUAUCACAGGUAACAAUGGCACCAUCGAUGGGCAGGGUGCUCUUUGGUGGCAACAAUUUCACAGGAAAAAGCUUAAGUACACAAGACCAUACCUAGUUGAAAUCAUGCAUUCGGACAACAUUCAGAUAUCAAAUCUAACCUUCGUGAAUUCUCCAACAUGGAACAUUCAUCCUGUUUACAGCAGCAAUAUUCUUAUUCAAGGCAUUACAAUCCUAGCUCCAGUUACAUCCCCAAAUACAGAUGGAAUUAACCCAGAUUCUUGCACAAAUACAAGAAUUGAGGAUACCUACAUUGUAUCUGGAGAUGAUUGUAUAGCAGUCAAAAGCGGUUGGGAUGAAUACGGUAUAAAAUAUGGUAUGCCCACGAAACAGCUGACGAUCAGACGGCUCACGUGCAUUUCCCCCUACAGUGCUGCCAUUGCAUUAGGAAGUGAAAUGUCAGGUGGGAUUCAGGAUGUAAGAGCCCACGAAAUCACAGCCAUUAACACAGAAUCAGGGGUCAGGAUCAAAACAGGAGUUGGAAGAGGAGGAUAUGUAAAAGACAUUUAUGUAAAAGGCAUGAAUUUGCAUACUAUGAAAAUGGUUUUUUGGAUGACUGGAAAUUAUGGCUCUCAUCCUGAUAAUCACUAUGAUCCUAAAGCUUUACCGGAGAUUAAAGGGAUCAAUUACCGGGAUGUAGUAGCGGAGAAUGUGUCGAUGGUGGCUCGCUUCGAAGGAAUUUCAGGUGAUCCGUUUACAGGUAUUUGCAUUUCUAAUGCAACUAUAGGUAUGGCUAAGAAGGCCAAGAAGUACCCGUGGACUUGUACUGAUGUCCAAGGUAUUACGAGUGCCGUGGUUCCUCCACCGUGUGAUCUGCUGCCGGAUCAAGGUCUCGAGAAAGUCGGGAUGUGUGAUUUUCCUUCAGACAGUUUGGCAAUUGAUAAUAUAGAGUUACAGAGAUGUUCUUAUAGUAUGAAUACCUUAAUGUAA